AUGGCGACGUUCGACUAUGCAGACCUUGUCCAGGACGGCAUGCUCGGCUUCAACGCUUCGCCCGUCUUUCAGCCUAUCCCUACGCCCCAGCAGUACUCUACGACGCACUCGCCUGCCCAGACUGGCUACUCGACGCCCAUUCGCGGUGGACGAGGCGGACGGGGCGGUGCAGGCUUCCCUCGAGGAGGAGGUCGUGGUGGAACGCCCAACAGGAGCGGCGCCGCUACGCCAGAGCACGGGCGAAGCUACGGGCAAGGCGGACGAGGCGCUUUCCGAGGAGUACCGCAUCAGGGACUUGGCGUCUUCAACGCUCGCGGACGAGGAGGAACGUCUGGCUCGUUCACGCCUGGCCGCGGAGGCUAUUCGUCCUCGCCAGGCGAGUACAACCCGCUCCUUGUACCGGUCAAGUUCGUCAAGGCCUCCGGAGCUGGACUCGGCACGGUUGGCGGGGAGGACGAGCAUGGGCUGGAGAAGGCGGGCGCCGAAGCGCCUCCUAAACCUUCAUCAGCCGACGUAGCGCUCGCCGACAAGGUCGGAAGGAUGGACUUAUACGACGGCGACGUCGGAAAAGGACCUCCGCCCGAGACGGCUUUCGAGCCGGAGCCCGAGACGACUGCGACGAUGGCGCUCGACGAGCUUGAAGAUGUCCAUGCCGCCACUUCGACCGCUCAUCCCGGCCUCGGCUCGCGUGUUCAGCCCGCCGAUGCUGUCGAGGCGGAGGACACGCCCGCCUCAAUGACCGAGCCGUCUCGACCCGACUCUCCGGCUGACGAUGAACCUCCCCUCUUCGAAAUCUCCGUCACCCGCUCGGACGUCACUGUCGAGCUUUCUUCGACUCUUCCUCCUCCGGCAGCACUCGUCGAGCGCGACGACACGGCCGAAUCCUCUUCCUCCGAUGAAGACGAGGAGCAGGUCGUCUACCCUCCUCGUGCCGUCUCUCACGCCGACCCCGUCACCUCCACCCGUCCUCCGCCGGCGGAGCCCGUCCAGGCCGAGACUCUCGACUUCACCUCUCUCCCGACGCCCUCCGUCAAACCUCCCGCACCGAAAGCGCCUCACCCCGCUCUCCCCACCGCUCCCGCUCACAAAUCAAAGAAGGCUCUAAAGCGAGCAUCCAAGAUUGCUCGUAAGACCGGUCGCGCACAUGCCAGGAGCGGGAACGCGCAUCUUGGCGGUGGGAAGAUGCUGGGAGCGGAGGACGAGGACGAUUUGGAGGAGGGAAGGCAGAUGUUUGCGCGGUUACAGGGUGCGGCGGGUGUCGAUGACAUGCUCGCUGAGUUGGACGAAGAUGAGGAGAGCGAUGAGGAAGAGGUGAACGGUGGAGCGGAGCAGGAGCAUGAGGAGGGCCAGCCGAGGAUGGAUGAUUCGGACCUUGACUGGGGCUCAGCCUCGCCUCCUCCCGUCGGUCUCGGCGCACGCGCUCAAGCCCCUGGAAGGGCGAAGAAGCAGGCGCAGCGCCAGCAGCGGGCGGAUCAGCGUCAGGCGGAGAAGCUCGAGCGGUUGAUUGCGGCUGGCUCGACAAGGGAGGAGAUCGAGCUGGCGCUGGCUAUCGAGAUGAGCAUCGAGGAGGCGGAGGAGGCGCAGCGGCAGGUUCAGGGGCGGAGUAAGCGCGAUCAGCGGGCGCGACAGAAGCAGCGGACGGAGGAGGAUUACCUCCAGAACGCCGACUUCGACGAAGGAGACGACAGUAUGGCUGUCCUCGCUGCCUUCGCUAAGGGUGCCGUCGGCGGACUUGCGGGUACGCAUCAGCGCGGCGACGACUUGGACCGGCGGCUCGUCGAGGAGGCGGAAGACGCUGAGUGGGGUACGUCGGACGAGGACUCGGAUGAGGAUGACUCGGACGAGGACGAGACGAGCGAUGACGAGGAGGACGACGAGGAGCGGUAUAUCCGGCGCUUGGCCCGCGAGGAGGAGGACAUGAGCGAGGAAGUCGAUUCGGACGUCGAGCUCGAGAUGGACUAUGCUUUGGGCGAUGCAGAUGGCCAAGUGGAGCACUCUCUCUCCAUCGCCACCGACUCGAGCGAAGCCUCCGACUUCGACUCUUCCCUCUCCUCCUCAACCGACUCGGAAGCCGAAGGUCUCGACGUCGCGGAAGCUCUCUUGGCCGGAGGAACGGUGCGGCUGAGCAUGAUGGGCCAAGCAGGCGGAGGAGGUCGGAAGGCAGAGCGCGAGCGGAAGAAGGAGCGCAGGCGGGAGCGGAAGGGCAAGAUGCGUGCAAUGGAGGAGAGUGACGAGGACGAGGACGACGAUGACGAUGACGAGGCGAUGCUGUUCCAGGGUAACGAUACCUGGGCGGACCGAGACGAGGAGUACAUAGCCCGUGUGCAGAACGCCGUCCGCGCCAACGCCGAUCUCCUCUCAACAGCCCAAGGCGGCCGAGCAGCCCGCCGCGCAAACCGCCGCGAGCGCAACAAGCUCUUCAAAGCUAUCUCCGAGGGCAACUUUGAAGACGUCGCUUUGUACGACGAUGCGGAGGAUUUGGAUGACGAGAUGAUCGAGGCGAUGUUUGCGGAGGAGGAGGAGAGAGGGUUUGGGUCGAUGUCGAAGAAGCAGCGCAAGAAGGACAAAUCGUUCGGCGGCGCCUUCUCGUCGACACUCGCCGCGCAAUGGGACCUCGACCGGCAGUCGAAAGCGCGCAAGAAGGCCGAACGAGCCGCCCUCCGCGCGUCGCAAAACGAAGCCGAGUACCGCGACUCGUACCGCACCAAGGGCGGCAAGAAGGGCAAGAAGGCUCUCAAGGCUGCGCGGGAAGCGGCGGACCAGUCGAACGACGCUGCGACUGUCAAUCGUCGCAUUCGGCACUUUAUCGUCAACGAGAUUGGGGAACAGAGCGUCUCCCUCCCGCCUAUGAGCAAGAAGGCGAGGAUUGCGGUGCAUCUCUUGGCCGAGGUGUAUGGCCUCAAGAGUCGCUCGAUGGGCAAGGGCAACUCGCGCUUCCCUGUGCUCGAGCGGACGAGCAAGACGACUGUUAUCGGCGUCAGCGAGCGCAGGGUCAGGGCGAUUGUUGGGACGGCCGAGGGGGAGAACGAGCUCGAGGAUGGGUACGAGGCGUUUGGCGGGAUUGGGAGGAGGGGACGAGGGGGUGGGAAGAUGGCGGGGUUGUGGAAGGCGCUUGAGGGAGCGAGCGGGAAGGGCAAGUUCGGUGCGGGCGGACGAGGAGGCGGGCUGGGCAAGAACAGCGAGGGUGCCGUCGUCGGCGAAGGGGCGGACAAGCUUGGCGAAGAUAACGUCGGCUUUGCGCUGCUCAAGAAGAUGGGCUGGACGGAAGGCGCGCAGAUCGGCCUGUCGGGCGGUAUCCUCGAGCCCGUUUCGGCGGUCGUCAAGGGUACGAGGAGGGGCUUGGGCGCAUAG